AUGAAAUUUUAAUUAAUGUGGGUGGGCUGGGAACACGGCGAGUGUUUAUCAUAGACAAUUUAUUUUCCAGAGCUAAGUCAACAUAAAACAGCAAACGUACAACAAUUAUUGAACAUUUUAGACUCAUGAGGACCGAACGCCGCGGCAGUCUUUGUAGAGGCAGCUCUUGAUGCGGGCGCUCUGCCUUCUGGAGUCGCGUGCUGGAAGAAGUGAGCCUGAAUAGUAGUAAUGAGCUUGUACCACAGUCGAGUGCCCCAACUUGGCGUGCCCUCCUCGGCUCUCUCCCUCUCCAACUCAUCCCUGAUUUAUGUGUACGGCAGCGAAGGCGGUGGGCUCCUUCCAACUUUGGGCUUCGCCUCAACGCGCCAGGAGCCUCCGCAGAAGCCACCGUACAGCUACAUAGCGCUCAUCGCUAUGGCCAUCAAGAACGCCCCGGAGAAGCGCGCCACGCUCAGCGGCAUCUAUCAGUUCAUCAUGGACCGCUUUCCGUUUUACCAUGACAACAAGCAGGGCUGGCAAAACUCUAUCCGCCACAACCUCUCGCUGAACGACUGCUUCAUCAAGGUUCCCCGGGAGAAGGGGCGCCCGGGCAAGGGCAGCUACUGGACCUUGGAUACCAAGUGUCUUGACAUGUUCGAAAACGGGAACUACAGGAGGAGAAAGAGGAAAUCCAAGGGCCAGGACUGCGGGGACGCCAAACCUGGUCACAAGAGAAGUAAAGCCCCCUUGCCUCAACAGCACUGCGUUCCCAAAUCCAGCACUUGUGCUCAGGCUGUACGGGAGGACUCACCUCGCGUGGAGAGGACAUCCAGAGACGCUGUGAGUGAGCAGAAAACCAUUCCUCAGGGCACCCACCGGCAACCAGCGGCAGAGGACACUAAGCCAGUCCUCGGUGACUUUAACAGGGUACACAUCCAACACAGCUCGCCGGUUCAGUGUCCAGAUUUUAGCGCGCAGAGCAAAAUCCACCCCGCGCCUCCUUCGCAGGAGUGGUAUCCCGCUGCAGCGAAUCCGAGCGCCAAGCCUGUUUUACAGGCGAAUACGUGGGAGGACUCGGUACGCGUGUGCGCUCCAACAGUCCACACAGGCGCAAUGGACAGCAGAAAACCCAGGCCAGCCGACGGUAAGACAGACCCAAGCGCUUCAUUGGACUCAAGGAGGUGCGCACUUUUUUCCGGAGUAGAAUCUAAGCCGUUCGCUCCUUCAGCCAGUCCCAGCAAAAGUACGGACAAAUCAAACGGUUUCAGCAUAGACGACAUAUUAGCCAAGCGAGCCACGCCGAGCCAGCGCAGGUGUAGUUUCGGGGCUUCUGUUGCGCCUUGCGUCGAGGCGCGCAGCCACGCGCUGUCAUCCUCCGUGCUUCUCGGAGCGCGUGCCCCCCGUUUGUAUUCCAUGGGGUUCCCUCUCUGCUCCUACCUGUCUCUCACGUGUCCUGAAAAAGUCCUCCACCUCGGCGGGGUCUGACCUGACACCAUGAAACAGUCUCAACAGAGAAACUUUCCCAAAGCAGCUCACCCCACAAGAAACCCCUUUGGAGUAUUCUGGACUUGUUUUGUUUUGCCAUUAACUUUGCCAUUUUUCUUCCUCAGAAUUUACAGGGAAGCAUUUUUAGCCUUAAAAUAGGCCUACAUCUUAAUUUGAAAUGUGUUUGAAAGACAAAUGUAUGAUGUGGUUGUUGGUUGUCUUGUCAUAACAGAUUCAGAGGUGAAACUCUUCAGGUGGUGACUGCCCUAGUACUCUGGGUGUUCUGAAUUGCCACAGCGACUUGGAAUUCAAAAACACAGAAUGACACAAAAAAUAAUGUGGUGUAUACAGAGCCACCCUUCUUUUCUCAUCCCUGCUAUUCCAUCUAAAUGGAAAAAAAACACUCCAGACACUGCCAUGCCAAGGGUUUCUUCUUGAAGCUUCUAUUUGGAGCGCAUGGUUACCAUAGUUGGUGCCACUAUCAUCCUUGGAUAAAGCAAAUAAAUGUGUGAGGUUCCUUUGAGAACCAUUUUAGGACACAUGUGUCAUGGGCGGCGGAAAGUCAAUUCCUUUUAAAGUGUUUUAAUGAGCACUCAGAUGAGGUUGGGUGCGGAGCGGCAUGUUAUAUAAUUGCAUUAUAAAAUAAUACAUCAGGAGUUUCAUGUAUAGACAGGGAGAUGGACAUUUUUCAGUGUUCACUUUGUGAGCUGGUGGGCCAAGCACAAAGGUCAUAGCUUGAAUUUGUGUCUGACAAGUUUUUUUGAGACUACUUAAUCUUAAACAAAUAACUUUUUAAAACCUCAUUAGAGAAUUGACAUGUUUAUUUGCAUUGUAAAUACAAUUGACAAAUGAAUACUUACCGUUUCAGUGUUAAUGUGUGCAAUUAAAUGUUUAUUUGAUGAGUGCGUUGGAUAUUUUUUCACAUAUUAAUAAAAA